AAUUCACAAUUCAGUUAAGUCAUAGUUUGUUAAUAUUUUGCAUCCAUCCCUGACGAGUACUGACACUAGUGAUGAGGUAAUUAUUGACAGUAUAAUCAGUGAGGACGGCCCCUCGUGGAUGCGUCACUCUCUCGUGUGAUCUCUCAUCGUUAUGAAGGCUCGCUCUGCCGGGGAAAAAAUUCAAACCGUUUCCAGGAUGCACGGGAGAGUCCUCCGUGUCCAAUCAUAGCUGCAGCCCGGUGGGCGGUGAAGGAGGAUUUCAGAUCCGGAUAAAUAGUAGGAGACCCACGGGCUGAAAUCCUGAUCGCGAGCGUCUGGUGUAGCUGCUGCUGUGACCGCGUGCUAGAGAUGGAAACGAGCCUGGACAAGGUGCAGAAGAAACCCGUCCGCCUCAUCGCUGCCGUCUGCAACGACAUGGGGAUCGGGAAGAACGGGAAGCUGCCCUGGCACCUACCAUCUGAGUUCCAGUACUUUCUGAACAACGUCACACGGGUCUCUAAACCAGGAAAGAUGAACCUGAUGGUUUGGGGCAAACUGUGCUGGUACUCCAACCCAGAAACUCUUUUCCCAAUUGCCAAUAACCUGCAUGUGGUGCUGAGUAAGACACUAAACACAGUCCCAGACCACGCCAACUUCCUGUGUCAGGACUUUGAGAGUGCCAUCCACCUCGCUACUCAACCCCCCCUCGCUGAUCUAAUCGAGACCAUCUGGGUGGUUGGGGGGACGCAGGUCUACGGGGAGGCGUUGAAGCACCCGUGGUGUGACUUGGUUUACCUCACAGACAUCAUGGCCGACUUUGACUGUGACGUCUUCUUCCCCGAGUUCGACAGAGGAAUGUUUAAAGAGCAAGAAAGAUUUCCUGGAGUGCCAAAUAAAAUCCAAGAGGAGAACGGCAUAAAGUACAGAUUCCAAGUUUUCAAAAAAGAGACUGCUGAAGCUGUUUAGAUUGCCUCCUCGUCAUCAUCACUCUCAUUCCAAACUCUGUAAAUAUAAAAUUAUUCUUGUUGCAUUGAAAAAGUCUGAGCACUGUGAGCACAGACACUUUAUCAACAUGUUUAUAUGUCUAAUCUUAGAGCUAAUUCCCCCACCACUGCAGCUGGAGAGACUUUUAUAAGAAACAAAUAUCAUCUCGGCACUCCUCCUCCUCCUGAGUGAUGGUGCUCAGUAAAUGUGCCUUAAGUGAGUUGGGUUCUUUUCUGAGCCUGUUAGACAGAACUAGUUUAGAUGUUGUGGGUAAUUUCUCCCAUGAUGCACUCUGAUCAUGGACCAAAUCUUGUUUUUAAAAGGGUUAGAAUUAUAACAACAUAUUUAUGAAAUGUGAUUGUGGGGAUGUUUUUUACUCUAAUAAAAACGAAUCAGUUGUUCAUUUUUUUAAA